AAGAAAAUGGAAAUAUCAAGAAGAAAAUUAGGUGCAUUUGUUGUAAUAACAAUUAGCAUGGUGGUGGUGUUAUUAUCAAGUAGUAGUGUGCAUGGAGAUCCUCUUGUACCAGCACUGAUCAUAUUCGGCGAUUCUGUUGUCGACGUCGGAAACAACAACAAUUUGCAGACGUUGAUUAAGGCCAAUUUCCUUCCUUACGGUAGAGAUUUCGUCACCCACAAACCUACCGGAAGGUUCUCCAAUGGCAAGCUCGCAACAGACUUCACCGCCGAGUAUCUGGGUUUCAAUUCUUACCCGCCGGCGUACUUUAGCCAAGAAGCAAGAUCAGGUAAGAAUAUUCUUACGGGUGUCAACUUCGCCUCCGCCGCUUCUGGUUAUUAUGACAGAACUGCACAACUAUAUAGGGCGCUGACAUUGACGCAGCAGCUAGCAAAUUACAGGGAUUGGCAGAGCAAAGUGGUGAAUUUGGUGGGAAGGAGCAAAGCUAACGAUAUAUUCUCAGGAGGGAUUCAUCUGAUAAGUGCAGGGAGCAGUGAUUUCAUUCAGAAUUAUUACAUUAACCCUAUUCUCAACACUGCUUACACACCUGAUCGUUUCUCCGACACUCUCAUCAGAUCCUACUCUACCUUAAUCCAGAAUCUGUACAGUCUGGGAGCAAGAAGAAUCGGAGUGACGUCUCUCCCACCGACGGGAUGCUUGCCGGCGGCGAUAACACUAUUCGGUGGCGGAAGCAACCAAUGCGUGGCCAGGCUCAACCACGACGCCGUUUUGUUCAACAAUAAACUGAACGCCACGUCACAGAAUCUGAAGCCCAGUUUGCCCGGACUCAAGCUUGUUGUCUUUGAUAUCUACCAACCUCUUCUUGACUUGAUCACUAAGCCCACUGACAACGGAUUUUUUGAAUCGAGGAGGGCGUGUUGUGGGACAGGCACAAUAGAAACAUCAUUUCUGUGCAACGCGAGAUCAGUGGGCACGUGUUCAAAUGCAACACAGUAUGUUUUCUGGGAUGGAUUCCACCCCUCUGAAGCUGCUAAUGAGAAAUUAGCACAGUCUCUACUUGAACAGGGAUUUGAUCUUAUCUCUUAAUUAA